AUUCCCAACCUGCGUCUCCAACAUAAUCCACUCAGAUUCUCGAGCGCCCAGCUGCCCCCUGUCCCUUCAAAACUCCCCACCCAACGUACAACACCAUUCACACCCAAACGCCAACGUAUUCAUACCAUACCACGUCCCCAAGCCCGAUUGCUAGAGCCAUCACACGCACACGAGUUUAGGCGCCCCCAGACUUAUGCCAAAUUGUUCUGGAUGCGCCGCUCGAAUGUUGAAUGAAUGCAACCUCUAAAUCCAUUCCUAUGUGCCUUCUUCAAAAGCACCUUUCCCGCUCAGUGUACGCCAGUCCAUAAUCAUGUAAGCUGUACCAGAUAGCCAUACCUUGCGCCCAAAAGAGAUGCGCUGACCAGCAUGUAGAUUCUGCUUGUUCCAACAACCGAAUCUCUCCUCACCUCCCGCGAUCGCGAGUCUGGCGCUCUCUACUCGGAUCUCGCGGGGUCUGAGGAAUUCUUGGGAAGCCAUGUCUUACGAAUACCAGCUAAUCAUGCUACGGCGGGAGGGAAGGAUGUGCCCAACAUGCGCGAAAGUCGGGGGAAGGCAAAACAAUAUACAACUAUUAAUGGCCGAACGAUAGUGAUUAAGGAUGCGUUUGUGUAUAGCAAUAAAGGUUGGUCAAGGAUUCUGGGGGAAAACCACUAUACUGAUGGGUUUGAUAGGAUUCAAAACGCUGAACCAGGCCCAAUUAUAUUCUGAUACCAUCUGGUAUCCCGAUUCGUUAGAGCCGCGGCAAUGGCUGGUUUAUUACAUUUCGAGGCCGUUGCUGGGGAUAUAUGAGGAAGUCAAAAUCAUGCCUGCAACUCUGCCGCUUCGUCUCUCGAAUGGCAGGCCCAGUCUGCCUCCCAGCCCAGAGAUUGACGGAGAUGCUGGGCCUUCAAAUCCAUUGCCCAAAAAGAAGGACAUAAAGACAUUCAAUGAGUUGCUCAAUAAUUUCCCUAUGAUUGCAAGGCAAAUGCAGCCGGGGCUUGAGCGUUUGUUCAAGGAGUUUGCUACGGUUUUUGAUAAGCCAUUACCACCACCCCCUUCGGCCUCCAUAAUACCAGAUCCACUUCCGGAUGGGCCUAUUGCGACAGCCAUGAAGAAAGUAAGAUCAAAUAGUACCAACUCUGCGCCAAGUUUUCGAACGAAUGGUCAUGUCGAACGUCCUAUGGAGGACUUUUAUGCUGAGGAUGAUGAUGAAGUUAUGCGCGGUGCUUUGGAAACGGCUGUGAUGACUGCUAUUGAUCUUUUCCAAAUGGUGGACAAGCAACAGCUAUCUCUUCUCGGCGCAACGACAGAUUUGACUGGGCCUGUUGUCGAACGCCUGAUCGAACGGUACGUGACUGAACAAGUGCAUGAUACCAUCCUUUAUCCUCGUAUCUGUGCUAUGAAGCGACCAGAAGAUCUAGAGCUGGAGUCAAAAAUUCGCCAGAUGGAGUUUGUAGAUAUCUCGCAAGUUGGAAUAGCUAUCCAAGGAGGUCACGCUGGAAAGCACGAAUUGACGUUGCGGCUUGGUCGGGCUGUGGAUGAAUUCCGGAAACUUGGUGUAGCUGGGAGCCCCCAACAAAUGAUGGAUAUCCUACUAACAACAUUAAAGACGGUAACGCAAAUUGCGGAGCCGUCAAAAACGAGCGGACCUUCCGAAAAAGUCGCAACUGUUCUGACGAUUAACGCUGAUACGCUUGUAUCACUAUUAUUAAUUGUGGUUAUCAGAUCCCAGGUUCGAUAUUUACAGGCACGCCUUCUGUAUAUGCGCCACUUCAUAUAUAUCGACGAUGUUGAGAGCGGCGAGAUGGGCUACGCUCUUAGUACCUUCGAAGCUGUGCUCUCCUAUCUUGCGCAAGACUCCCAAGGACUACGCAAAGCGAGUCGGAGGAAUUACAAAUUAUGGGAAUCGACAAGAAAAGGAAAUAUCAAGGAUAUGAUGGCCAUAAUGGAGCCUCACAGAGAACAAUUAUCGGACGAGGAAUGCGAAAGUCCGCAACCAAUCGAUGACGAUGCCUCCCACAGCGUGCCUCGCUGGAAUCUUGUCAACGGACACUCUCGGAAAUCCUCACGGAGUAGUUUCAACAAGUCAUCACAGGGUUCAACGCUGAAUCACGUGUAUCCAUUUCAGAUUCAGCACGAAGAGGCUGAGGAAGAGGAAGAGGAACGAUUACCUCCACUAAGAAGACCGAAAACUGUUACAAUGGAUAUGCGGAGCAUGUCAAGUGGAUCAGAGAUGUCGUUCAGAUCUCGAGCAACUACCAUUGAUUCAAUGACCAGUGGUAUUGAAGGAGACACAUCCAUUCAGCGCUUGUCGCAGACGGAGGAUUCUUUUGGCGAAUCUAUUCCUAUGAUGGCUGUGCAAAAUGAACGACCAGAGGCCUUGAAAUAUUUGUUCUCUCUGCACGAGUAUUUUCCUCCCUACAUUGUUCUUGAAGACACGAAUAACGAAGGCACUACCCUGUUAAGCGCUGCUGUUCAGCUUGGGCAUACCGAGCUUAUUGAUAUAAUAUUGGACUAUGUUUUUCAUGCAGGACCGGAGUCGGUUGUUGUUGCGUAUUUGGCUCGACAAGAUGUUAGAGGUAGAAGUGUUGCUCAUUACCUUUUUAAUGCUCCCUCUCUUAUACCGAGAGUUGGUCGACUAUUACCAUGGCGACAGAAGGACAGGAAUGGCCAAACGCCAUUGUUCGCCCUUUGUAGGUCUUAUGACCAUGGAAAUUAUAGAGCGAUGGUCGAAAAUGCUCUGUUGUCUGCAACGACUUCUCAAGGAGACGGCCAGCCAUUGCACCUUGACGACCAUGUUGAUGCAAAAGGCAACACUUUACUUCAUAUCGUUAACGAUGCUCAAGUUGCUCUGCGGAUAUUGCUGCACUGCGAUUCCGAUGUGAAUGCUAUCAAUGACAAAAGGUUUACAGCCUUGAUGGUGGCCAGCAAAUAUGGGAGACUGGAAAUGGUCCGUGUUUUGUUCGGAGACCCACGAGUCGACCUUUUCGCCAAAGAAUCGCGAGGUCUAACAGCUGUGGAACUCGCGAAAGAUGAUGAUGUAAGGAAUCGGAUUGACGAUUUGAUUCUUUUCUCCGGUCAACCUGCAGCAGAUGGGAGAAUCACUGCUGUUGUAAGAUCAUUUUUCGUUGAGGAUGCCACUAUUCGCCUCGUGGUAAAGUCUGGAGCGCCAUCCACCCAACAAAGUUUUACUGUUACUACGUGCCGGAGGUCCCUUGCAGACUUUGAAAAUUUAGCAAAAUUGUUGGGUCUAGAAAACCCAGCAUCGUGGCUUCCAUCGAUUUCCGGACUGCGUUCCCCAUUUCAAUUCCCUUCCAAGCCAUCACGGGCUGUUCUGCGGGAUAUCCAAGUCAGGCUGGAUAGUUUCCUGAAGAUACUCCUAGCUCACUCAACAUUCUCUACCCACGAAAUGUUAUGGGAGUUCUUUUUGGUACCUGAUAUCCAAUCAGAUAUGAUGGAAGAACGAAGCAAAUUAAAAGCAGAGACGAGAAUCGAAAAAGUGCGGGAAGAGUACGAGCCAGUGGAGGACAUAAAAGAUGUCGAGCAGUUCAUUGACCAUGCAAGAGAUACGGUUCGAAGCGUCAAUUAUUCCACAAAAAGUGUUGCACGACGAGCCAACAUGCUUCGAACUGUCGACACAGGUAAGGCUUGUCAAUCUUCGCGAUGUAUUUUCGCUAACAAUAAGUAGACUUCUUUGAUGCUGUAACUUUAGCAACAAGAGCUCUCUCGACUCUGGAGUUUCUUCCAGCUACCCAUCUGUCAGCAAUUGAAGCUUACGUACUUACACUGGCUCCCACUACAUCAUCACCGAUCACGACGUUUCAUGCUACGAUGCUCUCCAUACAUAGUACCAUAAUCGCCAUGCUUCUUUCGCUUUCGCGACCUACGUCCUUAAUCCAGUCUAUCAACACGUCACGAAAAGCCAUUGAACGAUCAUAUAAUUCCCUUUCAAGGUCUACCCGAUGGCCACUCGGUCUGCUAGACGAAACCCGCCAACGCUUGAACGAAGAAAAAGAAGAAAAAGUGCGCAAAACCACAGAAGAAGUCGAUGAAUUAGGCAGAGAAUUGCGAUAUACCCAGCAAGUUGUUGCUUCGGAACUUGCAGGCUGGCAAGAUCUCCACGAAAGAAUUGGAAAGAAGGCAUUGAAAGAAUUGGCAAGAGGUAUGCUAAUCAAAGAACGAACGGCGUUGGAGGGAAUGAAGAGGGCGUUGAGAAGGUUAAAGGUACAGGAGGAUGUGCUGCCUUCAACCAGCGCUUCUAGUUUUAGUUUAGAUAUUGAGAUACAGGGCAGUGAUGAAGCUGGGGGCCCGUCAGCUAUCAGGACGUAAUGUUAGUCUAGUCUUCUAGGCUUAGGAUAGAAUUUACCCUGGGGAAAAGACUGAUGCUGGGUAAGCAAGUCUUUUUUUGGCGUUGAAUAGAAUUCAAUGAGGCAUUCUUCUCUUUACAUAUGGUAUUGAACGUUAGUGAGUUGAUGCGUGACAUAAUAUGCUG